CCAGGUUUAUAAACAGAAUAUAAUGUGCGACUGUCACAAGCUGACCCAUAAUGACGUUUUUAAUAAAUACCAGCUUAAAAUGACUUAACUGCGUUAAAAACCUGUUCUUAUUGUGACUUGUCCUUCAGGAAAAUCGUCGUCAGACUAUUCUGAGGCUGCAGUUUCAAGUUCAAGACUGAAGAACCUGAAGAGAAGAUGCCAGCUAGAAACACUUUAAACAGUGAGGUCAGAUACUCCAAACUAGCCAGGGAUGAUGAUGGAUAUAUUGAUCUCCAGUUUAAGAAAAGUCCUCCCAAAGUCCCUUAUAAAGCGAUCGCCCUGGCAACAGUUCUCUUCCUCAUCGGCUCCGUUCUGAUCAUCGUCGGAUCCCUCCUGUUAGCAGGAUACUUUGAAGUUAAUGAUCACCAUGAUCGCAGCAUCCCAGUCCUGAUUAUUGGAAUCCUAGUCUUUCUUCCGGGGUUUUACCACCUGCGUAUCGCCUGUUACGCCUUCAAGGGUUACCGCGGUUAUUCCUAUGAUGACAUCCCUGAUUUUGAUGACUGAGCGGCGGGGAUGGGAUGAUCUGACAGCACUUUCAACCUGGUUUAA